UGCAGCCGUUGUCCACAGUGUGCACUGUGUUGACAGGUAGCUUGUUGUGUCCUCAAGUUCCCCGCUGUGGUUUGACAAAGCUGACGGCUGCUCGCCAGUACAGGAAGAUGUUCUGUUUGACAGGGAUAUAGACAGUGUCAGCACACUCACAAGCACAGAGAAAUCUCCACUCCCACGCCGUGAAGCCAAGCCCGCCAAGAACUGAGACGGACCUUAACCUAACACUACAUACUCUCUCCUGUUUGAGUUGAUACAGAAAGGAAAUCCUAGACAAACUACUUUUUGUCUUUUAUGUUCCUCUGGAGGAGCUUACCAUGUGAACUACUGGACAUAUUGUUAUGUGAAUAAUGAGGUGUGUUUUGUAGGAGAAUCUGUAUCUGCUGUGACUCAGAAAGUGACAACUUUGCUGGAGGUAUAUAAACUUUAACCUAGAAAUGUGGCCUGAGAAAACACAGUUCAGGUUAUGUCACUGCCAACAUCAGUGUUACCAGUAUAAGCUUGAAUGAAAAAACUGAUUACCUGAGCGACACCUGGAAGUUACCUGUAAUUAAGGAUUGUUCUUCUUGGUGGAGUUUUACCUGUUACAAGUGUAUACAGCUGUGAUUGAUCUUUCUUUGUAAGGUCUCGUUCUUUCUUUCACAGUGACGCAGCCAGUGCUUAAUUGUCAUGUUCUAAUUACUUUACAAAUUUCCUUGAAGUCACUAAUGUCUGUUUUCAAGGAAGCCUAGCUGCAUGUAGCUGGCUUGUUUACAGACUUGUCUGGCAGGUAUCUAAAAAAAAGUAAAAAACACCUUAACAGAAUUAGGUGACCUGUGAUUUGUGCUGGUUUCACUUUCUCUGGGGGAAAAACAAAGGAGUUACAUGUACAUGGAUUUCAGUUUAAUACAGUGUGGGGAAAACUAAGCUUGUUGCAUUGUGAAUGGCAUGAUGCCAGUUGCCAUUAGAAGUACAUGUGGAAUAUGGUUCAUGAGCUGCCUGUGGCAUUGCUCCUGUAUGUAAGUGUCCACAGAGAGGCAUAACACAUGGAGGGUAAAAUGGCAGCGGACACAGGAAAUUUACCUCUGACACGUCGCCAAGCCAUCCGCAGACGAGGCUACAAUUGGAAGAAAGACCAGAGCCCAUGUCGUGUAGGCUCCGAGAACCGGGGACAGCACACGGUCAGGGUGGAGAGACGAAGGCCCAGGUCUGUCCCAGCCACCUCAGCCAGGAUCCCUCUAGGGUCCUCAGUGGAUUUGACUCCUUCCCUUCUGUCCAUGUAUGACAAGAUAACAGCCAAUGGCAGCCAGUCUACCCUCCACAAUGGCAGCCAUGAAGACUUCCCUGCUGAAGUCAGCCCUGAGCAAAAUACCAACGUAAAACUUUUGGCAGACGAGGAAAAACGUCUUUCUGAAACAAUGGAUACGACAGACGCAUCCUCUGGGGCAGGGCUAAAACGCCCACUGAGCGUGGGGUCCACUUCAUCCUCUUCCUCAGCAUCGCAACCCAUGCAGUUUCGCUCCAAACGACCCAACCUUGGGGAAUACGAUGGGACUACAACAACAGCGACAGGUGGUAAACCAACCCUGCUGGCUCUUACAGACUCUCACAUGGGGGAAAUCAGCAAGGAUGACCUACAUGUAGAUGUAUGUGAAGACUGGGCGGGGUCCCAGGAUCCAAAUCACGAGGAUGACCACUAUUAUGAGCAUAUCAAUUUUUCGGAAGCGGCUGCAUCUCUACCGAUUGUUAAGGUGUAUAGCCCUCAGAGCUCUACGGGCUCCAAUGACGAUGUUAGCCUAAACUCUUCUACAUAUUCCGAUGACAAGGGGGACAACUCCCCAGGCUGUGAAACUGUGCAAUCGACGUACUCGCUCAAACUGAGUAACAAUAACAAUUCAGGAGCUCCAUCUCUGGGGAGAACUGAUUCUUCCUCGUUGACCAAAGUGACGGACAGAAACUCCAAUGGUUCCUUAAAUUCCCCUGUUCUCUCCAGAGACUCCACAUAUUAUGUGUCAUAUGCUCAACGGGUCGCCUCCGAAAUUGUGGAAACGGAAAAAACUUACGUUCACAGCCUUAAGGAGAUUUUAGAGGGUUACAUGAAACACAUCAAGCUGUGUGAGGACAUCAGCCAACAGGACGCAAACAAGCUAUUCGGGAAUUUAAAAGAAAUAUACGAAUUUAACAAAAGUCUAUUGGCUGAGUUGGAUGACUGCGGAGAGGAUCCAGUGGAGGUGGCUCGCUGUUUUGUGGAGAAGAAUGAAGGCUUUGACAUAUACACUGAGUACUGCACCAGUUAUCCAGCGUCAAUGGAAGUGCUGACAAAGUGCAUGAUGCAGCCAACCUUGGCAGAGAAGUUCAAAAGCUGGCAGGCUGCCCUGGGCCACGGUCUUCCCCUGGGAGCAUACCUGCUGAAACCAGUGCAGAGAAUCCUCAAAUAUCACCUUCUGUUACAGAACAUUGUGAAGCACUAUGAGAGUGAUCUGCCAGGGUAUGACACAUUGACGACAGCUCUAGGUCACAUGACACACAUGGCACACCACAUCAACGAGAUGAAGCGGCGUCAUGAGCAUGCAGUACGUGUUCAGGAGGUACAAAGUCAGCUGGAGGAUUACGCUGACGGGCCAGACCUCUCUACCCUAGGGGAGCUUGUACUGGAGGGCAGUUUUCGAUUACUUGGAGCAAAGGCAUCAAGAUCUGUGUUUUUGUUCGAGAAAGGAAUACUGAUUACCAAAAGGAAAGAGGAAGGCACAUUUAGCUGUAAAGUUGUCAUAUUGUGUUCUAACCUGAUGUUAGUGGAGAGCAUACCCAAGGAGCCUCACAGUUUUCAUGUCAUUCCUUUUGACAACACAAAACUACAGUAUACAUUACAGGCACACAGCAUUGAGAUGAAGAGAAAAUGGUGCCAAGAAAUCAAACGUCUGAUUCUGGAGAGCUAUAAGGGUAGAAUACCGGACAAAGUGAAGAGUUUAGUGAUGGGGCUGGGCAGAACAAGAGCAGAAGAGGAGGAGCUUAAUAACCAAGGUCUAAGUCCAGAUCAAGGAGACAAGAAAAGACCGAGACGAAAAUCAGCUAACAUAAUGGAUUUAGUCAAAUUGAAGAAAGCUCACAGAAAGUUGUUUUUCUUAUUUCACUUUUUUCAGAGUGACAAUACUCCACCCAGAUUGGCCCCUGUGAACACUCCUGUUCAGACCGCAGCUGUGACAAGUAGUGGCGGAAGAUCUUUGACCAGACAGAGUAACAAGUCCCUAUCAGGCAGUCGCAGCAUGGACAACCUGUCAGUGUCGGGGAGCCACACUUUGCCACGGAGCAAACUGCCAUCUAAUGGGAAUGGAAGAGAGUCACAUAGCUCAGAUGGCAGAGAAGUCGGUGACACGGACAGUUUGGCUAGUGAGCUGACAUUUGCAGAUCCUAAUGCAGACCCUAAUAUGGUCAGGAGGGCAAAGAGCUUCAAAAUAGCAACUCGGAUGAACCCUGUGAGAUCAAUAGAAAUCAAUGACCAUGAUGAGUCAUCUGGAGAGUCGAUGGAGGUCAGCACUGAUGAAGAAACCCUUGACGACGAUGUUUAUGUUAACUUGGUGUGUAACAACAACAACGGUGACAGUGCUGGUGCUGCAGAUGAUUUCUCGAACCUUAACUACGGUGCCCGUGUCACCAGCAUGCCGUCGCUGAAUGCUGACGUGGAUGAACCAGAUUACGUCAUGGUUCAAUUAAAACCUGAUCAGGGUGUCCCUGUGACAUCACAGUCCCAUCUGUCAGCAUUGACACACAGCGAGACCUCGAAAAGCGCCGAGUGCCUGACAGGCGACGGCUCCAGCGCACAGCGCAGUGAUCUGAUUUACCAGAAUGUGGAAUGCCCCAAAGACAACCAGCUGUCUGUGUCCAGAUCCAGUAGCUAUGACAACCUCAACAAACGCUGGAGCAGCAGUUCAAUAACUGUUGAGGAGGAGGAAGAGGGUAUAGAGGAGGGAAGCUCACCUGCUGUUGUCCCACCCCCUGAUGAAUUUGCUGACCCUGUGCAGGUGCUUAGUCCUGAACCCAAAGUUCCUUCCCCAGACCCGAAACUGGCUGAUCCAUGGGUGCGACAGGCUACCAGUGUGGUGGCAGAGACCGAGGUUACCAAGGGUGACUACUCUGUCUCUUGUUCACAAAAAACACGACAUCAUCAUCCUAUAGGGAAGAGCUUUAGCUUUCCACUUUGUGAUGCUGACACUGCCUGCAGUAUGAGCAAAGAAAAUUUUGAUUGGUUCGUGUAUUCAAACAGAAUUGCAUCUUCCCUGGUAAAACAGUUUAACAAACUUCAGGUGCUUGAGAAACAUGAUCUGAGUCAACGAGGGUCGAAGGCUGCCGUGAAAUACCCAGGCUAUGUAACGGCUGUGGGAGCCACAGAUAAGUAUGACCUUGAACAGAGAAAGGUCAUUGUGCAGUAUGGUACACCCCCAAGGAAUGCCUUCACAGCAGACAAGCUGAAUCAGUAUGCAGCACUCCACAAAGACUGCAAAGCGAGUGCCGACAAAGUCUCUGACAAAUCAUUGCCAGAGUCCAAAAAACAGUCCACCAAAACGCAGUCUUCCUUGUAUUUACCUCAUGCCUGGAAAUCAAAGUUCAAAAUGGACAAAUCAAGGGAUAAAUCUGAAUCUACAGAAGACCCGCAGAAAAUGGUUGAAGAAAUGGAAAAGUAUGCAGCGAGACAUCAGCCUUUGAAAGGUCAUUUGUCCAGUACUGUGAAGUUUCCAUCAAAUUUUGCUUCAGACUUCAAACAGUCACAUGAUAAAAGUGGUUGUUUGAAGCUGCAUGCUGAUAGAAGUGGUGCAAACAAGUCACGCAGUGAGAGAAAUGGCAACUUUAAGUUACUAAGGGAGAGAAAUGGCGACUUUAAACUGCCUAGUGAUAGGAAUGGCGACUCCAAACUGCCUAGUGAUAGGAAUGGUGACUUCAAACUGCCUAGUGUUAGAAAUGGCGACUUCAAACUGCCUAGUGAUAGAACUGGUGACUUCAAGCUGCCUAGUGAUAGAAAUAAUGACUUUAAAUUUGAUAGGAACAGUGAUAGUUGGUCUCAAAAGAGUCGUGAUUCCUUCAGCUCAGGGGGAAAUUUUAUGUCGAGGAGUCGUGAAUCACUGUCUUCUUCCACCAGCAGUUUGAACAAAUUUAAAUCCUCUCAAGAUUCCCUCUCUCUCCAAAGUGCAUCAGAAUCAGAAUCAGGACCGAAAACAUUGCGCUCCAAAUUGAGUCACCUAACAUCAUGGCUGACAGCUCGCCGGCAAUUACCAAAUAUCAACUCCUAUAAUCCAUCCAGGAGUAUGUCAACGGGACAAUAUCAGUCAGCUUUUAACGCGAGGUAUAAACCCCAGGCCCUAGCUGAACAGAAACCCUCCGGAUUUGUCUCCCACCUAACAAAGAUCUACAACUCCCGAGAACAAACCUCGGCACCUCGUACUGUCAUGCCAAAGAAAGUGGAGAGCUCCACCCCUGAAAAGGAAAGUAACUACGCUGCAGUACUUCGUAAGCGAGAACUGGGCAGUCCUGCACUAGGGUCAAGGUUAGCAGCCUUUGCAGGCGCUGCAGAGCCCAAAGUGCGGUCUCUUCCCAGGCAACUGACAGCACCUCCGAACCUGAACAGUGAUAAUGAAACAUGUAGUGAAACGACAUCUGUACAUUCUUUAGACUUUGCCAAAGAAAGAUCUCCAGAGCCUCCCUACAAGAUAGAUUUCCCUUCAAACACAAUCCAGCAGUCCGACUCAGCUGUGUCCAUACAGAGCAGUGUGUCUGCCACUGACACGCCACUCUCCCCCUCCUCGGGAAGGCGGAGCUCUUGUUGUUCGCUCGACUCCUCCACAGACAGUAUUUAUGAGCGUCGUUUCUCGCGCGCUCUUGAAGAACCUGAGGACAAUGUAUUCCGAGACUCUGCAGUAUACAGUGACAUGGACUCCACCUCUAACUAUGCUGUCCCACCCACAGCCUUGUCCCCACCUCGCAAGUCUAUUCGGGAAGUUGUCCAACAGCUAGAGGAGCGAGCGCGUCCCAAACAGCCUGAGGUGCUGGAUGUUAGGCGCAGAGAGCCAGGGCGCACCAUUCAAGAAAAACUGAGAAGUUUACAGGAGAGUGCUCAGUACCAUCGUCGCAGUCAGAAUUUUGAGGAGGAGAUAGAGGGAUUAUCUCGACCACUGCGCGAGUUCCAUCGAUCGUUGGGAUCCAGCCGCUCUAGUGUUGAUCGUGAGGAUCCAGGCUUCACUAUCCGCUACAGCCGUGGAUACCCCGGUCAGGAAGCUGGGGUUAAGAUGACACGGUCAGCAGGAAGGCUGGACCAGCUGGACACUGAUAUACCAACACUGACCACCAUGAAAGGCUGGGUACGUCAGCUGAUCAACAAAUUCCAAGCCGACCAAUGAAAAACAAGGGAUCAAUUUUCCUCAUUCCUGUGUCCAGAUGUGAUCAAGCCUCUGGGAAUUUGUUUUAGUUACACCAUCUGUGUUCAUUGUGGUAGAUGAAGAACUGUUUGUGGACCAGCAAAGGAAUUAACACUAUUAAUGUCGGCUGUCUGAGUGAAUCUAUAUAAAUUAAUAUAUUGGUGCAUGCUAAAGUGGUGGUUGUGUAUGAAAGCUUUACAUUUAGCCAGAGUUCUCUCCCCUGUUUAAUUGGAUCACUCUCGCUUAUAAGUGGCUUGUGAUUUUCUCAAUAUAAACAGAAUAUUUUGAUAAACUUGUAUCCUAGUGGCUGUGUCAAAAUGUAUGUAUUUUUUAUGCAUCUUAAAUUUUGACUAUUUCUUCCAGUAUUGUGACAAUGAAUAUCCACUAAGAAUAUUCACUCUUCCAUUUUGUAUUUUGAACAAACAGUAAAUAAUUUCCAACUGCCAUUUGUACCUUCCAGUGUCUUCCAUCAAAUUUUUUUGAUGAAAUAGCUUCCAUAGUAUAAAUCCCAGGGACAAUUUUCACAAACUUUCGACACAGGGUUCCUCUCAUGGUUCCGGUUGACCUUUUAACAAAGAGUUUAAAAUUGUAUUGUAGCAAGACAAUGGCAAUGUUUGACCCUUGUGCACAAUUACUUGUACUACUUUUCACUGCCUCAGGCAAAAAAGAUGAAAAACUCCAUUUUCUUCUGAAUCGUUCCUUUGAUUACUAUGAUUAUAUAUGAUAGCUUUAUUGUGCUAAAUAUACUUGUAUCGACAUAUUUACAUCUUGUAAAUAGUGUUUGUAUGUUAACUUGUGCUUUUCUCCAUUCAGUUCGUAUUCCGUAAAGUGAUUUGUUAUCAAUAUCCCAGUUGUAUAGACUUUAAAGUUUUUUUGU